GUCGAAGACAACAUUUGUAUCAGAGAUCAGAAAGCAGCAGUUAUAAUUACAAUGUCAGCACCAGGGACACGGACACCCGCACAAGAGAGGUACACGAGAAGGAUCUUGAAGAUCAGGCCUCCGAAUUUGCAGAUGAGACGGCUAAAGAUCGGAACAUACGUUGUCACCGCAGCUUUGGGUGUAUUUUGCGUCAUGUCUGCCGACUACAACGUGGACAGCUUUGGAAGAGAUGGAGAGAGACUAGACCAUUGUUUCUCUAGUAUUCAGAGGUGGGCACAGCAGAAGAAGGAGGAAUUCUUCACUUUGAGCGAGGAGGAUAAGUUGAACUUGAAGCUUGCUCAAGAGAAGUCAGAGAAGUCAAAACCAUGAGAGUGCUGUGGUGUGUGAGGAAACGCAGCGACUUUUCCUAGGUCCUCGUCCUGCGCAGAAGAGACAAUUUUU